AUGAGUGGAGAAAACGACAACGGCGGUGCUAAGCGCAGGGGCUCGGUCAAGUGGUUUGCUGCCGAGAAGGGGUUCGGUUUCAUCACCCCCGAAGACGGCGGCGAAGAUCUCUUCGUUCACCAGUCCUCCAUCAGAUCUGAGGGAUACCGAAGCCUCGCUGAAGGAGAAUCUGUCGAGUUCCUUGUUGAGGUCGACAACAACAGUGGCCGUACCAAAGCCAUCGAGGUGACCGGACCCGAUGGCGCUCCAGUCCAAGGUACCAGCCGUGGUUCAUCUGGAGGACGCGGAGGCUUUGGCGGCGACGGAUACGGAGGAAGAGGUGGAGGCCGUGGAAGUUACGGUGGACGAGGUGGUGGUGGUGGUGGCCGAGGAGGAGGAGGCGACUGCUACAAGUGUGGUGAGCCAGGUCACAUGGCGAGAGAGUGUUCCCAAGGAGGGGGAGGAUACGGCGGUGGAGGUAGAGGAGGUGGCGGCGGUGGAGGAAGCUGCUACUCCUGUGGAGAGUCGGGACAUUUCUCCAGGGAUUGUACUAGCGGUGGACGUUGAAACGGACAGCUGUCAGGCGGUUGGAAGUGGGGACGCAUGACACAGGCCCUUUUCAAAUGCUGUAGUGUUCAAACAAUCCAAUCUCAUUAAAGACACGAUUAUUCCUAGAAAAGCUUUAAAGAUUUCGCUAUUAACCUUAUAGAAAAACUUAUUGUAACCAACAUAUAUAAACCUUCAAAAUUGUUGUAAACUCUACAAGAAAUAUACAACAAUUGCUGCAA